AUUGCAGUGUGUCCACUAGGGGGCAGUACACACGACUGUGUGCCCUGUGAGCUCAUAGGAGAAGAAGAAUCACCAUCAGGACAUGUACAGGUGUUAGAGAGUCCUCGCUUUAGCACAAGGCUGCUAGUGACGUUUAAACGUCGGGGAUUGUUCACAUGUGCAGCGCAGUGACUGUAGUAAAUAUCUGACACUUUGGAAAGAUGUCUGCAGCCACAGAACCAGAAACAAAUUCUCAGGAUGGAGACAGCAAAGCCAGCAGGGUAAUCCGCAUCGGGACGAGGAAAAGCCAGCUCGCUCGCAUUCAGACAGACAGUGUGGCGGAGAAGCUUAAAAACUUGUACCCUGACGUGCACUUUGAAAUAGUGGCCAUGUCCACGAUAGGUGACAAAAUACUUGACACGGCUCUAUCAAAGAUAGGUGAAAAGAGUCUGUUCACAAAGGAGUUAGAGAACGCUUUGGAACGAAAUGAGGUUGACCUGGUCGUCCACUCGUUGAAAGACUUGCCCACGAGUCUUCCUGUGGGUUUUACUAUAGGAGCCGUCCUCAAGCGAGAAAACCCCUCUGAUGCAGUAGUUUUGCAUCCCAAAAAUAUUGGGAAAUGUCUUGAUUCGUUACCAAACAAGAGUAUUAUAGGCACGAGUUCCCUUCGCCGGGCUGCGCAGCUAAAGAAACGUUUUCCUCACCUGGAGUUUAAGGACAUUAGAGGUAAUCUCAACACUCGCCUGAAGAAGCUGGACGAGAGCAGUGACUUUGCUGCUGUUAUUCUGGCUGCAGCAGGACUGAAGAGGAUGGGCUGGGAAGGAAGAAUCAGCCAGAUCCUUGGUUCUGAUGAUUGCAUGUAUGCAGUUGGACAGGGAGCUCUGGCUGUGGAGGUAAGGGCUUGUGAUGAGGACAUCCUGGAGAUGGUGUCAGUGCUGCAUGAUCGGGACACGGUGCUGCGUUGUAUCUCUGAGAGAGCUUUCCUCAAACGCCUGGAAGGAGGAUGCAGUGUUCCAGUUGCUGUUCACACAGACGUGAAGGAUUCUCAGCUGUAUCUGACAGGAGCAGUGUACAGUUUAGAUGGCUCGGAUAGCCUGAAGGAGACCAUGCAGACCAGCAUCGAGUCUGAGGAUCAGGAGCAGGAGAAGGUUGAUGAGAAAGUGCAGCGUGUGGGAGUUACAGCACUGAAGGUGUCGGGAGCGGCUCAGGACGCAGCUGAGAAGCUCGGCGUGGACCUCGCCAAUCUGCUGCUUAGCAAAGGAGCCAAAGAGAUUCUGACUGUAGCCAGGCAGCUUAAUGAUGCGCGGUAGAUUUGUGUGUCGUUUUCAUUCCAUCAUCCAGCAGUCAAGUGUGAGUGCCAUGUCAAAGAAAAAUAUAUACAUUCCUUAUUACAUCUUUACAGUGGCAUGCUGUUAUAGGAAACUAAUCAGCGACGGGGUGGUGUGAAGCAGAGUUACUGUUACCACCCUGGAAUUGAUUAUUUUCCAAUAACAUCAUGUCUGAAGUGUUUUAUUCCUCUUAUACAACAGCAAAUUGCCAACGCUGACGAUUUUAUAUUUAUUAAAGAACGACACUUCAUACUUUUUGUCCCUUUAUAGUUACAUUUAAUAUUAUGGAACAUCACUUAUGGUAUAUCAGUUAGAAACAGAUGUUCCCUCACCAUCCUCUCAGUGAAGGUAAUAAAACAAAAAACAAAAUGCAAUUUGUCAAGUUACCAAGAAAUCACAAUGUCCUCCCUCCAUUCCUGUGUCGGAAAACUUAAAGCUUUAGGUUUUACAGCUCUGACUGUUACAAAGAGCUCUGACACUGGAGACUCCUUCCAUAAAUGCUAAAUAAACAUCUUACAGAAAAGUUCAUCAAAUCAACAACUGCACCUGCCAUUUUUUAAUCAGUGUAUGUCGAGCAUCCACCUUACAAGCCCCAGUGCAAGUUGUUACUAUAGAAACGAUGUAUUUGAAUGAGCGCAUUCAUAUAAACCUGUGAUUUGAAUGACAGCACUACUGUCAGAGCUGCUGUAGUAGAAAAUUAAACAACACUGGCUGACCAAUCAGAUUUGAGAUUUCAAAAGCACUGUGUUACAAUACUAAUUAUAUCUACCUACUUGAGCUUUAUAGAAAUUAAAAAAAAAAAAAUCAUAACCAUAUAUCGUUCACUGACAAGAACAUUCACUGAC